GCAGAACAUCAGGUUGAUUCUACACAAGACAGCCCAAUUCAACGAGUGAAGCACCAUUGAUUAUGGCCGACAAGUCCGACCAGUAUGCCCGCCAGGCUCUGAAUAGACUGGAUAUCCUCUCCUCGCAUCUAAGCACCGUCAAAGCGCCGGCUGGGAGGCUCACGAAGCUAUCGCGGUCGCUCAGUGGCAAGAAAGCCAUCGUCACGGGGGCUGCAUCUGGCAUGGGAAAAGAGACGGCGAAGGUUCUAGCUGACGAGGGCGUCAAAGUCGCUGUUCUGGACCUGGAUAACAGCAAAGUACAAGCAGUUGUCGAGGAGAUCAAUGCUGUCCAUCCCGGAAGAGCAAAGGGCUGGGUAUGCGAUGUAGCGGACCGCGAUCGGAUCAAGCAUGUGUGCAAAGAAGUCAUCGAUGCUUUCGGUGGGUUAGAUAUUUUGAUUAACAACGCUGGCGUGUCGCUCGGUGGUGGUGCUUUUGAUAACGACGACUCGUUCGAGUCGCGCUGGGACAAGACUCUCGACAUAAACAUUUCAGCUCUCGCAAUCUUCAUCCGCGCAUGUGUGCCAGCAUUGCUCAAGAGCGAUGCGGCACGGAUCGUGAACAUUGCGAGCACGGAGCAUUUUGUCACAGGACCAGCAAACGCGGCAUAUAGUGCGACCAAAUCAGCAGUGACCGGACUGACGAGAGCGUUCGCAGUAGAGCUGGGAAAGUAUGGGAACAUUACGGUUAACACUAUUUGUCCGGGACCGAUCAUUACUGGCAUGACAGCACGGAUCUCACCCGAGCAGAAGGAAGCAUACGCCAGACGACGUGUGCCCUUGCGGCGGUAUGCUGACGCGGAGGAGGUCGCGCAGAUGACAGUCAGUGUUUGCCUACCCGCUUCGUCCUACCUGCAUGGCACCACAAUACCAGUCGACGGAGGAAUGACUAUACGACAUACUUGAGUGGAUCAGAUAACUUUAAUGUACG